CGCUGCAACCUGGGCUCCGUCAUCACCGAUCAAUCCCUCCAAACCGAGCUCAAUCUGGGUUUGUGUGGGCAGUUUAUUCGUUGGUACUUGAUCUCAAGAAGAUCCAAAACACCUCUAUAUGAAGAAUUUUAUAAUUUCAUGAAUGCUGCCUGCACUUAGAGUCCUGCCAGACGCCAGUAAUAAGGAAAAUACUUUGAACAAUACAAAUUUACCACCAAAAGGAAAAUCUCCCAAACGCUUCCUGAGCAUGAGACUGUCUGCUGCUGUUGAUAUUGCGGGAAAUUCCAGUACAGUAUGUUCGAAACGGGUAUCAAAUGUUGGUGGUUUACAUGAGGAUACACAGGAUGUUCAAUCACCUACAGUUUGUGAAAUAAAGAAGUCAUUCUAGAGUCACAGCCUGGCCCUAUAACUCCAAGUGACUCUGAGAUAAGAAAAAAAAUGAGAAGAAGAGCUUGCUGAAGAGCUAGAGAGAUCACGAGAGAUUAUGUGUCAAGCCCGUAAGCUAAAGACAUGCAUCAACACCCAAAGAGCGAGCAGGAAACCGGUUCAAAGACCGACUGAGAUCUGCAUCUCCGGGUUUAUGAAGCGCACGAUCAAAACAGCUUUGUUUUGAAGCUCUUUUUUCAUGAACUCACACCACAUCGGUUUAGGCAACCGGUUCAUAGAUGGACCCCGUCCUGUCGUGUGGAAGCAUGCAAAGUUCUCCCGUGUGAAAAAAUAAUCGUUUGAUGGCAGUCGGUGCUUGUGUGUGUGUGUGUGUGUGUACCCAUUCAUCCAUAGAUACACCCAGCAAAGACUGAAAACCAAGUAGAAUCAUAUGAUCUCUCUUUGCUUAGCUUUUAAAUGGAUACUUUUAUGCAUGGCAUUGUCACCACCACGAGAGAAACUUAUAUUGCCUUUCAACACAUACCAUACCAUCUCUUGAUAUAAGCUCUAGUUAUAGCAUAUGUGUUUUGUUUUGGUCUUUGCUAAGUGAUUACCAUUCAAUUUCUAUCUAAGAGUGUAAUAGUAUGUGGGA